CGCGUAUUUACCUUCAGUCUUUCAAUUGUCAGUAAUGGUCAACAUUUAUCAGUGCACAUGGCAGAUCAUAGGACGACUUGUAUAUCACACUCUUACCUCCUUACCCGUGGCCUAGAACAAAGCUGUGUCAACGAAACAUGAGACGGCACGCAAGCACCCUUGCUCAACGACGAGCAGGGAGUCAUCUCGAGACUCCAAAUCGGGUCAAGGUCUCGACCUACCUGGGUCAGGAGCGACCUACCUGGGUACCAACGGCGUCCUGGGCGAAUCCUUCGAGCUGAGCCCCCGAGACCAACUGCACAACUCUCGACAAUGUAAAUAACGGAGCGGUUCAAGCAAAACAUACUUGGAGAUUCUGUCCUUCUCGCAGCCAACCAUGAGCAACAGCUCCUCCGCAGCGGCCUGCUGGCCAACCGCCGACGCGAGCUUCGGCCCCGUCGUCCAGGACUGCAGGGGAGACUUCGACUUCACCAUCACCUUCGAGCAGUCCCUGUUUACCAUCCUCCCCGCAUCUCUGCUGAUCCUCGCCGGGCCACUGCGCCUGGGGUACCUGAGGCGGUCGCCCUCCGUUGUCGUGGCCGGCGACAGCCUCUUCAGGCUCACCAAGCUCGCCGCUGUGGCCGUCUUCUCCGUCCUGCAACUCGCCCUCUUGGCCCUGUGGGCGGCCCAGCCUGCCGCGCUGCUCGGCCGCGUCAGGACCGUGUCCGUCGCCGCAUCCUGCGUGUCCUUCGUCGCGAGCCUCGUCUUCUGUGUCCUCUCGUACGCCGAGCAUGCGAGGUCGCCUAGGCCCUCGUCUAUCCUUAAUGCGUACCUGCUUGUCUCCCUGCUGCUGGAUGGCGCCAUAUUGCGCACCUUCUGGAUCUCUGAUCUCGCCACCUCCGUCAGGGCCGUGUUCACCGCUUCGUUUGCUCUGAAGGCGUGCCUCUUGGUGCUCGAGGCCAAGGAGAAGGCUGGCCUUAUCGUGAGAGGGGGUGGUGGGAGUGAACAGCGCAGGAACCCCGAGGUCACCAGCGGUCUCUACAGCCGCGGCUUACUCUCAUGGCUGAAUCCCCUUUUGCUGGAUGGUUUCCGGCGGCUCCUGAAGCCGGCCGAUCUCUAUGCCCUUGAUAGUUCGAUGAAGGCUGAUGCAUUAAAUGUUGAGUUUUGGAAGGCCUGGGAUACUUUCAAACCCAGCAGCAGCAACAGGCUCUUGAGGUCAUGUUGCAGUACCCUGAAGUGGCCCCUACUAGGCGUGGUCUUCCCAAGGCUCAUCCAGCUCGCUUUCAUCAUCUGUCAGCCGCUGGUGCUCAACCGGUUCCUGGAGUUUUUAGAGCAGCCAGAUGAGAGCAUGAACCAUGGCUACGGCCUGAUCGGGGCAUACGGGCUAGUCUAUCUAGGAAUUGCCCUGUCUGGCGCCUUCUACUCCCACCAGGCUACGCGGACGGUCACCAUGCUCCGCGGCAUCCUGGUAUCGGCCAUAUUCUCCCGUUCGAUUGACCUCAGCACCACAGCCAUUGACAAUGGUGCGGCCGUCACACUCAUGAGCACCGAUGUCGAUGCAAUUAUCCGUGCGACAAAUGAAUUACUCGAGAUGUGGGCCAACGUCCUCCAGAUCGUGAUUGCGACGUAUCUGCUCAGCAGGCAGAUAGGUGCGGCAUUCGUCGGGCCGGUUAUCGUCUGUGCUUUUGCCUUGAUCGCCACAUUUCUCUGCGGGCCUCCCUCCAAGAACUUCAUGAUGGCUUGGAUUCAGAAGGUGCAGGACCGCGUUGGUAUUACUUCUACCAUGCUGGGCCAUAUGAAGAGCAUCAAAAUCUCUGGCCUCGGCCGGAAACUAGGCGACACCAUUGCCAAGUUGCGGAAAGACGAGAUUGAUGCGGCAGCCCCCUUCAGGAGGAUGAGCGCACUGACUUCUGCGCUGGCCCAGGUCCCACUGCUCAUCUCUCCUGUCGUAGCAUUUGCUUUCUUCGCGAUCGGGGCCAUCAGCUCGGGAGAAUCACUUCAGACCACGAGAAUGUUUUCUUCUCUUUCGCUCAUGAUCCUCCUCGGACAGCCACUGUUCUGGAUGUUCGAGGCAGUCUUGGACAUUAUGGCGGCGGUCGGGUGCUUCACAAGGAUCGAAAAGUUCCUCUCUACGGCCUCGAGAACUUAUGGAACAUCGGAUACAAGGAUGACUUCAUCUCAACUCCAUCAUAACGGCCCCGGCGGCUCUACAACACAGCUCAGCCCCCAUAUCCCAGAAAUCAUAGAACUUGAGAAUAUGGUUCCAAUCCAGCACGCUGCGUUGGAGCCUAAUGGUGUUCAGGUCGAGAAUGCCUGCUUCAAAUGGUCAGCCGAAGGUGCUGUGGUCUUACAAGAUGUCAGCUUCACGGUCAAGUCCCAAGAACUUGCAAUUCUUGUCGGUCCUGUGGCCAGCGGCAAGACGACGCUGCUCAAAGGCCUCCUCGGCGAAGUCCCACAUAUCACCGGCGAAAUCAGCAUCGAGAGACAUAGACUUUCUUGGUGUGAGCAGACCCCCUGGCUGAUCAAUGACACGGUCCGGAAGAACAUAAUUGGCUUCUCCCGCUACGACGAAGAGCUCUAUCAACUUGUCACACAGGCCUGCGACCUUGAUAGAGAUUUUACCAGUCUCAAAGACGGGGACUUGACUGUCAUUGGUUCCAAUGGAAUUGCGUUGAGCGGCGGCCAGAAACAGCGAGUCGCGCUUGCGAGGGCUGUUUAUUCCAGGCCACAGUUGGCGCUUUUCGACGAUCCUUUCAGUGGCCUGGAUAAUCACACCACACGCAUUGUAUUCGACCGAAUAUUUCACAAGGAUACCGGCGUGUUGAGGCAGUGGGGGACGACAGUGAUUCUCACGACCCAAUCGAUCAACCUGCUGCCACAUUCCGACCGCGUCAUCAUUGUGAAGGACGGUGUUAUCGCAGAGCACGGUGACUUCAAUUCUUUGAACAGAACUGGCAGUUAUGUAGCGUCUCUGGAUAUUCAACAUGUUCCAGAGGCUGUAAACAGUGAUGACGCUGAACCAGGUGAAGCACCGGCUGAGCCAAAGGGGGGUCGUGAAGCCAGAUCCACGACUCCCAAGCCAGGCCAGGCCCAGCCAGAGGACAAGCGCAGACAGCGAGGUGACUCAGCAGUGUACGGCUUCUUUCUCAAGGCCGUCGGGAUACCAUUUGCCGUUGGACUGUUGGUGUCAGAGAUGGCGUGGGCGUUCCUCUCUACCUUCUCGACCGUCUGGCUGAACUUCUGGUCCGAGGCGAAUUCCGAGCACCCUAACCAGCGCAUCAGCUAUUACCUCGGGAUCUACACCGCACUACAGAUUUUGGGUGUCGUCAGCUUCGGCCUCAUGGUCAUGUUUGGAAUGCUCUUCGUGGCCGCCAGAACGGGCCUCCGGCUACACCAAGUCCUGCUGAACGCUGUGGUGAGGGCUCCGCUCUCCCUAUUCACCAAUACAGACAUCGGAGAGAUCACGACGAGAUUCUCCCAGGAUAUUGGCAUAAUCGACAGGUCGCUCCCUCUGGCGCUCGUGGUGACAGUGGCUAACUUUCUAAGCACCAUCGGGGUCGCCGCCCUGAUCGCCUCCUCUACGGGCUACAUCGCAAUCAGCUUUCCCUUCCUGGCAGCCGUCUUUGUCUACAUCCAGAGGGGCUACCUGCGCACGUCGCGACAGCUCCGGCUGCUAGACCUGGAGCAGAAGGCCCCUGUGUACACACAAUUCCUCGAAACACUCUCCGGCCUGCCCACUAUCCGCGCGUUCGGGUGGGCCAAGCCCGCGCUGGACCUAAACCACGAGCUGGUGGACAGGUCGCAGCAGCCGUUCUACCUCCUACUCAUGGUGCAGCAGUGGUUGACACUGGUCCUCAACCUGGUCACGGCGGCGCUCGCGGUGCUGAUCGUGGGCCUCGCCGUCAGGCUCCGCGGCUCGGUGUCGGUCGGCCUGACCGCCGUGUCGCUGGUUCAGCUGAUCACGCUCGCCGAGAACCUGAAGAUCCUGAUCCAGUUCUGGACUUCGCUCGAGACAUCCAUCGGCGCCGUGGCGAGGAUUAAGAAUUUCAGCGAGGAGACGCCCGACGAGAGGCUACCCGGCGAGGACCGGGAGCCCCCGGCGGACUGGCCGGCGCGCGGAGCGAUCGAGAUCAGGGACCUCUCGGCGAGCUACGGCGAGGACCUCGGGCAGAGGGCCCUCGACGGCGUGACGCUGAGCGUCCGGCCCGGCGAGAAGGUCGGCAUCUGCGGGCGCACGGGGAGCGGCAAGUCGAGCCUGCUGCUGUCGCUCCUGCGCCUGCUGCCCAGCACGAGGGGCACCGUCCUCGUCGACGGGGUGGACCUCGCGGCCCUCCCGCGCGACACGGUCCGCUCGCGCCUGAUCGCAGUGUCGCAGGACCUCUUCUUCCUCCCGGGCACCACACGGCAGAACCUCGACCCGUACCGCGACCACGAUGGUGACGACGGCACCGCCCGCGCGAAUGAUCACCGUCUCGAGGCGGCCCUGCGGCGCGUGGGGCUCUGGGACGCCAUCGCCGAGGCGGGCGGGCUGGGCGCAGAGUUCGACGAGACGAAGCUCAGCCAGGGACAGCGGCAGCUGUUCUCGUUGGCUCGGGCUCUGCUGCGGCGCAGGGGGGAUGGGGGAAUCGUGCUCCUCGACGAGGCGACGAGCAGCGUCGAUGCCGAGACGGACGCGCUGGUGCAAAGGGUCGUGCGUGAGGACUUUUCCGGCCACACGGUCGUGGCGAUUGCGCACCGGCUCGAGACUAUUGUGGACUUUGACAGGGUCGUGGUCCUGGAGAAGGGCUGCGUCGCCGAGGAGGGCUGCCCGCGGGAGCUGCUUGCGCGUCCUGGGGGUAGCCGGUUCAGGGAGCUUUGGGAUGCGAGCCGGCGGGCUGGAAGGAGUGGAUGAAUGAAUACAAGAGGGGGAGGGUUGCAUAAUAUCUCAGGCUAAUUCUAUCUGUUGGGCCCAGCAACGAGCGAAGGUCUCGAUCAUGGCGGCGGCUGUUCAAAGGCAAUGGAUUGAAAUGAUUCCGGAUAUAUCUUGAUCAACACUCUCAUUAAACUCUACUUUCUGCGAAUGAAUCAAGAGGUGGACAGUGGAAUCUUAUGGGAUGGACUUCCUUUUUCUCUCGACAAUGACAAGGCCAAGCUUCUAGAAGCGUCAGCGAGAGACAGAUUAAGACAGGCAGCCGUUCAGCCGGUCGGACAAGCUUUCCGCCCAGCGCCUUGGUGUCUCUGAACCUGUUGCUUGGCUGUUGCUUGUUCGAUGUUUAGCUACGGUCAGACUUCCCAGGGCCGCUGGUCCUGGUACGGCGCGUGCCGCUGAAGAAGAGACGAACACAUAUAGCUCGUCCUCCUCAGCUCUUGGUCUUUUGCAGUCUUUGGGUGGUUUCACAGGUUUCGGGCUCCAGCUU